GACAGUCGAGGGAGGACUUGAAAGCGGCCAGUGGAGAGAAGCCAGUGGAGAGCGGAGAAGCUGAGGAUGAGUGUGUCUGGGCGUCCGUGCGUUGGAGCUCACGUGUGUGCACAGAGAAGGUGACUCGACUGACUCAACCACGGCCACCCCCAUCAUGUCCUCUCUCCUCAUCUCCAUCUUGUUCAACGACUAACGACUGCUCAGCAUGGUCAUCUCUGCAACUCCCCAGAGACUGUACCUCGUGAACACGCACAGCGGCAACCGAUACCACCACUGUGCGCCGCAAAGCAGUUACGACGCUGCCCCCCUCUACAACAUGACCACGCCUCUCCCUCUCCCCUAUAUCCCUCUCCCGCCCCACUUGAACCAUCCCAAUGGUUGCAGCAGCGGCCAUGCCAACGUCAAAGACACAAGUAUCGCGUACCUCCCGCAGCCUCACGCAAAGACCAAUAACGCUGUCCCCGUCCAGACCCCGGCUGCCAUUCCGCCGGCUCAGCACAGCAAGGACACGUCGGACACACACUUUUGCCUGAGUGACGGCAAGAUGGUGCCCGUACACAGCGCCUGGACUCGCGGAGACUUUGUGCUUGUUACACAGUAUGGCAAGGAAUGGCAGGCAUAUCGUGUGCACGCUUCAGUUCUGUCUCGCGCAAGUCCGUGGCUCGCUGCACAGCGCGGACACGUGGUUCUGCACGAACCGCCCGACACCGUCGAACUGUUCCUUGCCUUCCUCUACCUCGGCCGCGGCAACAUCUCCGUGCCAUCUCUCGCCCCCUCUCUCGAGCAGUAUCACGCGCUACACUCCCUCUUUGUGCGCCUCGGUAUCACGCGGCCCCUGUGUCUUGUUGUGCGGCAGUACGCGAACAGCUACGCCGUCGGCCUAGUCGAGAGCCUCGGUCGCACCGCGGCCCCAGAGCAGGUUUGGCGCCUGCUUGAUCUCGCGCGCCUCCUCCGCGCGGAGGGGGUGUGGAGCGCCGCCCUCGACACAGCGUACGAGACGAAUGGGUGGAAGAUCAUCCUCGAUCCGUGGGAUGCAGUCGUCGAGCCGCACAACGCCGAGGCGCACGCCGUCCUGCUUCUUCUCCAUCGGAUGAGCGCGUUGGAGGAUGCCCCACUCAACGAGUUUUGUGUGGCCUACGACACAUGUGAGUAGGUGGUCUUGGGAGAGCUCACGCAGACGACCGG